AUGAGCAUACCGGGUAGCGGAGUCGAUAUGUCUGCUCUCAUGUCACAGCAUCCCGUAUUAGGUGCAAUUCCUCCGGCUUUUUUUCUUAGAGCCUCAGAAAGAUAUCAAAGGACGCCAAAAUGUGCACGAUGUCGAAACCACGGUGUUGUAUCAGCUUUAAAAGGACACAAGAGAUAUUGUAGAUGGCGAGACUGUAAUUGCGCCAAAUGUACUCUUAUUGCCGAACGUCAAAGGGUGAUGGCGGCUCAAGUUGCUUUGAGAAGACAACAAGCUCAAGAAGAAAACGAGGCUAGGGAAUUGGGAAUAUUGUUUCCUUCGCCGCUUCAGCAAGGUGUUGGAGAAAGUGCCGUGCAUCCACCCCCUGUUACCAAUCCAUCUGAACUUGCUAUUCCUCCAGUGCUGCAAAGAAGUACAUUCACCACAACAUCCGAAUCCUCGGAAACUUCCAGUCCAACUUCUAAGAGGCCAAGAAUCAAUGUAGAAGAUUGUCAUUUAGAAGAAUCUGAUUCGGACCAAGAAGAAAUAAAAAGAAGUCAACAGUCUUCUCCGUCAAACCCUCCAGCUGCUCCUUUGAUUACAUCUCCUUCGCCUGAUCCCGUAACAAGUCCGGAUCCAGAUUUGGAUGUUGAAGAAGAUACUCAAACUGAAGCACCUGAAAAUUUGUCUGUAAAAAGAGAGAAGCCGCCAAGCCCGGAAACUCCUCCACACCAACAAGCAUCGAAUUUCAUGCCAUACCAGCAUCCUUUUGGACAGUUUCCCCCUCAGUAUCAAUCGCCGUAUUCCCAAAGAAGUCCAAUAGAUGUCCUCAUGAGAGUAUUUCCAGGACGAAGAAGAUCAGACGUAGAGGCUAUUUUACAAAGAUGUAAAGGAGACGUGCUGCAAGCAAUGGAGCUGAUGGUGAGUGGUUCCCACGAAGAUCUAUCAACACCAUCAGCUUUCUCUCCUCUUGGUCCUCCAACAAACUUCCACCGAUAUAGUCCUUCUAGGAGAUUUUUAUCAGCCCCAUAUGCUGGUACGGGAUACCUACCAACAGUGAUUCGACCUCCAACAGACUAUCUAUCAUUAAUAGGUCCCGUUCCGGAUUUGUACAAGAAUGAAAGUACCACCGCUUCUUCUCCGGGCUCCAAUACGGGUUCGGAUAAGACAAGUUAUUCGGAAUAG